UAGUCCCCCCCUUCCCUUUUAGUCUUUUCUUUCCUUUCUUCUCUACACAAAGCUCUCUCUCUCUACCUCACGACUCUUUAAGCUACGACGCAGUUUGCAUCCAAACGCAAACAUCUGCUUUUAGCGUCCGCUCGAGCUUUCAUUGAAGUACUGGACAGCUAGACUUUCCUUCUUCAAGAUCUAAACACACCGUGUUGUAUGCUUUGGGUUAGAAACCAAAAGGUUGACAACAAAAACACAUUUAGAAGCUUAAGGAGUUUGUGAAGUUCUUGUUGGUUAGUGUGCUGUUUCUGGCAAAUGCAGAGUCUCUUCUCUAUGGAGGGAAUACUAUAGAGUCUCUAUGAUGAUGGAGAAUAAGCGCAGUGUCUGUUCUCUUGAAGAAAGCAGCAUGAAACGACACAAGUCUGAUCUCUCUUUCUCUUCCAAGGAGAGGAAGGACAAGGUUGGAGAACGUGUUUCAGCUCUUCAACAGCUAGUUUCCCCUUAUGGAAAGACGGACACUGCAUCAGUUCUUCUAGAGGCGAUGCAAUACAUUCAGUUUCUUCAAGAACAAGUCAAGGUUCUAAGCGCUCCAUAUCUGCAAACAUCGCCCACUAUUACGCAGGAAGAGAUGGAGGAGUACAGUUUGAGAAGCAGAGGGUUAUGUCUUGUCCCAAUGGAGUAUACGUUAGGGGUUGCUCAAAGCAACGGUGCUGAUAUAUGGGCUCCUGUGAAGACUCCAACAUCUCCUGCUUUUCAAUGACUGACUCCACCAGCUGCCAAAAAUCGGUGUGCCUCAAGAGUCAAGACAAUGAAAAAUAACCCAAAACGUUAAUUAGUCUGAGGAUGUCUAUGUAACAUAUACUGAUGGAGAGAGCUCACAGACAGUGAUGGCUGUUUCUGUUAUUUUUAUGGUUAAUCUCCAAACUAUGUGAUGGGCUUGAUAAAGCCCAUUACUUUGAUUUGUAUAA